GCAGCAGACUGGAAGAUGGCAGACUCCCGGGAACCUCCCCCUCUCUUUAAUGACGACGACGACUCCCACAAGGAUGAUGAUACCGAGGACCUCUUCACCUCGGCCGUCCAGUCGCCCGUGAGCGAGCAGACUACUCCCGAGGACUGCAGGAGGCAGGAGGGUGCUGGUGACCCUCUCACUUCUUCCCCACCUGCUGCAUCCCUCACCCCUGACCCCCCAGUUGGUGGCCAUUCUGACUUUUUUGAGUCUAGUGAGGAAGCCACUGAGGGCGGCUUCUCCUCCGUGCCUUUGGAGCAUCCUGCUGGGGGGGGAGGCACGCAGCAGGUCAGCACUGAGGCACAAGACCCUGCUCCUUCACCUUCGCCCUCUCCUUCCAGCACCACACCAGCACCCUUCACUACUAUCAGCCCUGCUGAAGAGUCUUUUUCCACACACACACAAUCCACUACCUCCAACUCAACUGAGAGUUGCACUUCAGUCCCUCCACUUUCUCCUAUUUUCAGCAUUAUUGAAGGACCUCAGAGUAAUUCUCUACCCAUCACUUCACACAGUUCUAUUGAACAGCCCUUUACACACCUUCCCUCAGAUAACAUUAUUCCUGCUUACCAAUCUUCUGUCCACCAAGUCUCGGCUCAAUCCAACCAUGCUGAAGACGCUCAUCUAGUGCUACAAUCCUCUUGUCAUAAACAGGAAUUCCCACCUUUACCUCCACCCACUUCAACAUCCAGUACUGAACUUGAUUUCGGCAUGACCCUUCCACAGGAGCUGUCGUCUCAACUUGCCCCAACCCUGGUAGAUGCACCUUCUGUAGAACCAGCAAACAUGAAUAGUUUUAACAUCCCUGCUGAGGAAGCUAAUUCCCUGGAUGCUGCUCCUAAUGCCACUGUGAAACCUGCUGCUAAUGGUGCUAUCCUUGAUGACCAAUCUCCUAAUUCUAAUGAUGACAUUGUUGAUGCUGCUGAUUCUGCUUCCAAAACCACAGAUGCACCCACUACUCAAAAGCUUGAUACUGAUCCCACUUCCAUGCAUGAUGCACUCACUUUCCUAGGUGAUGGUGACACUACUGAAAUCUCCCUUGAUGACAACACUAAGGAGGUGUCACUGGAGGAGGAACCAGAUGGGGCUUUAUUUGAGUCUACCUCAACUCCCAAGUUACAACUUAACCAGGAUCCCAGUGACCACUCGUUGCCAGCUUCCAGUAUCUUGCCACCAGUGGGAGUGCCAAUAACCCCUCCAGUAGUUCCCAUGACGCCAACGACCACUCCGAACCUUACUCCAAGCAUCACUCCAGCAGCUCCGACUCCAAUAACUCCUGUGACUGUGUCGAGACCAUCACCUGAGCAGUUGGAAAGUGAGAGUGGGGACGAGUUCAUUCAGGUCACGAUUUCUGAUCCUCAAAAAAUUGGUGAAGGAAUGAGUUCAUACAUGGCAUACAAGGUCACCACUAAGACAAAUAUUACUUACUUCAGAAAAAAACACUGGAGUGUGAUGCGUCGGUUCAGUGAUUUCCUUGGGUUGCAUAGGAAGUUAGUGGAGAAACAUCUUCAUUCUGGCCGUAUUAUUCCUCCAGCCCCGGAAAAGUCUGCCAUUGGUACUACAAAGAUCAAGUUGAGUAGUGACAAGAGCACUGACUCUGCUUCAUCAGACUUCAUCGAAAAACGUCGAGCCUCUCUUGAGCGCUACAUGAACCGUACAGGUUCCCAUCCAACACUAAGAGCAGACCCAGAUUUUAGGGAGUUUAUUGAGUUAGAUGCAGAGUUACCUAGAGCUACACAAACAUCAGCCCUUAGUAGUGCAGGCGUACUACGACUGUUUAAUAGAGUGGGAGAGACGGUUAACAAGAUGACUUUCAAAAUGGACGAGAGUGAUCAGUGGUUUGAGGAAAAGACACAGCAAAUUGAGAGCCUUGACUCGCAACUACGCAAACUUCAUGCCGCCAUGGAGGGUUUGGUGGCAUAUCGUCGGGAGUUGGCUACCAGUACAGCUGCAUUUGCAAAGUCUGCAGCUGUUUUAAGUAGUGUAGAGGAGCACUCUUCCCUUAGCAGAGCACUUCACCAGCUGGCCGAAUCUACAGAGAGAGGACAGACCAUCCACCAUGCUCAGGCUGAUGCAGACUUCUAUCUCCUGAGUGAGACAACCAAAGAUUACAUCCAACUCAUCGGAGCUGUCAAGGAUGUGUUUCAUGAGAGAGUCAAGACCUUUCAAACCUGGCAACAUGCACAGGCAAUGUUAGCCAAGAAACGUGAAGCUAAGGCCAAGGCCGAGUUGGCUGGCCGAAUGGAUAAAGUACAACAGGCCCAGGAGGAAGUAGCUGAGUGGGAAGUAAAGGUUGAAAGAAGUCAGGAAGAGUUUGAAAGAAUUUCUCGUGCCAUCAAGAAAGAGAUGGAACAGUUUGAAGUUAUACGUGUCAAAGACUUUAAGGACAUGAUAGUGAAGUACUUGGAAGCACUAAUGACCUCACAACAGCAGAUUACUAAGGUUUGGGAAACAUUUAUCCCAGAAGCCAAGGCAAUAUCCUAAAGCGUCGGGUGAUGUCUGAUGAUGAUCGUACUGGAUUUGGUAAUUGAAUGCUGGUGGUUAGAAACAAAUUGCCUUCUCUGAUUGAAUGACUGCACUACACCCGAAGUCAUUCAUUUCAGAAGUUAUUUUGGAAUGGUUUUAUUAUCCUUGUGCUCAUUCCUGUUAGUGGUGGAUAGGACCAAUGUUAUGGAGAAUGCACCUGUGAUUUAAGCAGUUUUGUGCAUUCUUUCUUUGGGUGUUUGGUUUUUGAGUUUAACAAAUUUUUUGAGUGAAUUUAAAUCAAUUUUUGAAUUUUGAUAUUUAUAACUUUUUAUCAUUAUUUACCUCAUACAUUUAGGUGAUCUACAUUUUUUAACACAGUAUAGAGUAACAGUGAUUAUUCGUGCAGCUUACAUUGGUCAUUCUUAAUGGAUUUGUUCAGUAUAUUACAUUGAUAAUACACAGAGUUGUACUUUUGUGUGCUGGUAAUUAUGCGAGAGAUCACUUGGUCUUCUACCUUGAGGUGGUAUUGAGAGAAGAUUAUAUAGUACUAAAUUGGAAUGCUCUGCAUUUAAUUUAAAUUUACAUUGAUCUGUUUACUGCUUCACCUCAUGUUAUAAUAAUUGUUCUGUUUUUUGAGAGGCUUGGAUACCUAUUAGUUUUAUUAUUAUUUAUAGUUUGCUUUAUGCCUUCACUUUCUGUAACGUGUGAUGAAAAUAUAUAAAGAACGAAUGUAUAAUUUCCCCAAGGUUAACAGAAAGCAUCGAGUCAUUUUGAUUGCUAUUACGAAAUUGGAUGCCAGGAAACCAAUAUAAGAUAACCUUCCCUUUCAUCAGGCAGUUAUCAUUGGAAAGUGUAAUCUUCUGAAUUGGCUUCGAUUAAUGUACCUAGGUCACAGUUAAAAAUGUGAGCUAAGCUGUCGGGGGACUGUAUAAAGUCUGAAGGCUCCAGCCAGCGCAGAAAGCUAUAUCUGAUUUAUUUAAUAAUAUUCCUGUGGGUUUAUGUAGGGACCAGUAAUUUACAGAUUUGUAUGUUUUCCCAUAAAUUAACUUUUCCUGUUUCCUUAGUUCAUCUUGCAUUCUUCUCCCAUAUCUUCUACUUGAUCCUUUUGGAUUUUCUCUGUUUAUCCUACCUUUUCUGAUCUCUUUGGCUCCUGCAUUUUAAGUUUCCUGUUUAGCAAUUUUUUUUUUUUUUUUGUCCCAUAUUUACUUCCCUUUCUCAAUGCUGAAGUCUUAUAGUUAUUUAUUCUUCAUUCUCAUGUUUUUGUGUAUCCUUUUUCUUCUCCACAAAAUUGACUUUUUCUCCCAUUGUAGUUGUUGGAGUUAAGACUUGCGUGUGCUGUUCAUGUGUCCAGCGAGAAAAUAAAGCUGGUUGAUCGUCGGAAAUUUGGCUAAUUGAAGAUGCUGCUUAAAUGUAAACUUUGCAUGUGCAUUAAUUUGAUACAAGUCUGAGUGUGCAGUCCAGUCAUGGUUUGUAUUUGGAAGUUUAAGUAAUUUCCUGCCGAACAAUACACCAUUUGAAAUCCAACAUUAAUACUUGAUACUCUGCCGAUUUUGAAGGCAUCCUCUACAUUAUGCCCUUGCAAAGUAUAUAAAAAUAAAACAUGUCAAAUUUAAAGAGGUCAACUUGCAUAAGAUAUAUACAGUAUGAAAAUACCUUUAUGUUCUUGUACAGUUUUAUUGUUAUUUUAGCUUGUAAUGUUUUCUUAAGAUGGUGUUGUACACAUUUUUGAUUAGUCUUGAUUAUCUACUGAACUGAUGUACAGUAUACAUAUAAUCUAUAAAGAUCAGAUUAAAA